AUGCGUGCGAUAGGAGAUUUACGAAUGCGCUUUAGCAAGCGGAUUCAAGUACAGUGGAAACUCCGUUUCCAUCAGCGAAUUCGUACUAAAUCUUUCUUCACUCUGUUGGUAAAAUUUGUUCCAAUUCUUGCUUGGCUACCUAGAUAUGACUGGAAAAGGUCAUUUUUCGGCGACCUUAGCGGUGGGCUUACGAUGGCUGUUUUCGCAGUUCCACAAGCAAUAGCCCUGGCAGCGGUGACAGGAGUUGAUGCAGUAUAUGGUUUAUAUACAGCUAUAUUUCCGUGCUUUAUAUAUACAUUUUUUGGUUCUUCAAAGCACAAUUCAUUAGGUGGAUUUGCUGCACUUGCCUUAAUAACACGUUCAGCGAUCGAAAGGAUGCUAAAUCAAAAGAACCAAAUGAACAUGGACCGAAUGUUGAAUUUAACAGCCUUAACUGAAUCAGAGAAUAAUUUAUCAGCAAGAGUCGAUAUGGUUAAUGGUUCAACAAAUACCGCAAACGAUUUAUUGAAUUCAGAAAUUCAAGUAGAUAUGACACAAUUUUGCGCCAUAAAUAUUGCUACAACUAUCGUUUUUCUCAGUGGAACCGUUCACAUUUUGAUGGGAAUUUUCCGACUUCAUGUUAUUACUUGUUAUUUCUCGGAACAACUCGUUUCCGGUUUCGUAGUUGGCGGUUGUUUUCAUGUAUUCUUUGCUCAAAUUGGCCCUUUAUUAGGCAUUCAGGUGCAGCGAAGAUCAGGACCUGCACAUCUUUUUCAUAUAGCAACUGAUCUAUUUAAUUGCAUGGACAAAAUGCACGUACCAACUGUUGUUAUUAGUGCUUUAUCUAUAAUUUUUUUAUUAAUCGGGAAAAAAAUAAUAGAACCAUGGUUGUUGCAAGUUUUCCUUUUUCCGAUUCCUUAUGAACUUAUAUUGGUUGUUGUGGCAAUAACAGCAACAAGAUUCGCCGAAUUGUCUGAACGAUUCAAUAUUAGUGUUGUUGGAGAUAUACCUACAAAAUUCCCACCAGCAAGUUUACCCAAAUUUGAUUUUGUUCCUGAGCUUCUCGUUGAUUCUAUCAAUAUAGCAGUAAUAUCUGUCGCGAUUCAUAUCACCGUUGCUAGAAUAGUCGAAAGGAAAUAUGACUAUCACAUUUCUCAUGAACAGGAACUCUAUGCUCUUGGUUUCGUAAGUAUUUUAUCUUCUCUAUUUCCCAUAUUCCCUGUAACUUCUGGAUUUGCACGAUCAGUCAUUGGAGGAGCUGUCGGUGGAAGCACACAAUUAACAUCGCUCAUAUCUGCGUUAACCUUACUUUCAGUAAUAUUGUAUAUAGGUCCAGCUUUAGCAUAUCUACCAAAAUGUGUUCUUGCUUCAAUGAUAAUGGUAACAAUGAGACUGUAUUUCGAAAAAUUUCGCGAAUUAAAAUUGCUUUGGCCAACGUUUAAAUUUGAUUUUUUCAUAUGGGUCGUGAGUAUGUUAUUAACAAUAUGUUAUGAUUUGGCCGAAGGUCUUACACUUUCUGUUUUAUUCGCUGUAUUAACAACACUUUUCAGGAAUCAUUGGUAA